CAGCUCUACUUUUGUAACACAACGAUCACAGAUGCCAGUGAAGAGCAGAGAAACACACAACUUGCAAACUUCUUAGCAUCCAGGUUUUGUCAAUAAUUUAAGGAGGCUACCUCAAGAAUUAUCUGUAAUCAUGUUGGAACUAAAAGCCAUUAAGAUUAGAAUCACUUUCGGUAUCAUUCUGGUUGGGAUUGCUUUAAUGCUGGCUGCGGUUAUGAGUGACCACUGGGCUGUUAUGAGUCCCAAAAUUGACGAUGAUAAUCCAGAUUGUGAGAUUGCACAUUUUGGUUUAUGGAGGCUUUGUACCAAGAAAAUACCCACAGACCCAGAGAGUAAAGUCCAAAACUGUGAACUAAGCCUUCCAGGAGAUUAUAGCUGUUCAUAUUUCAAACAUUUUACUUCAGGGGAAAAUGCCGAAAUCUUUGAGGUUACAACACAAAAAGAGUACAGCAUCUCAGCGGCUGCCAUUGCUAUCUUUGGAAUUGGUUUUAUGACAUUGGGUACAAUCUGUACCCUGCUGUCUUUCAAGCAGAAGUUGGAUUAUCUGCUGAAGCCGGCCGGUCUAUUCUACAUAUUUGCAGGACUGUGCAUUAUGAUCUCUGCAGAAGUCAUCAGGCAAUCUGUGCAGAGGAUGAUAGACAGUGAGGAUACCUUGUGGAUAAACUACUAUUAUUCCUGGUCUUUUGCCUGUGCCUGUUCAGCUUUCGCCAUUCUUUUCAUCUGUGGAAUUGCCUUGGUGCUCAUAUCCUUGCCUCGCAUGCCCAGAAACCCAUGGGAAACCUGUAUGGAUGCAGAACCGGAAAUGUGAGGAGUGUAUGAGUGAUAUCCUAUGACAAAUUAAUUAUGUGAUCAGGACAAGAAUUGGACUACAGCUUCUUACACAUUUUUUUAUGUUUACCCUUUUUUUCUUUUCAAAACCAUGGAUGGUUAUGAUCACAUACAUAGAAAUUCAUGGAAAUAAGCAGUUAUUGUCAGAUAGUGCUUAACUUUUAGAAUACACAAUCUCUCACAAAACUGUACAGCUUACAAAAGGACAGUUCAGGAAUAUGAAAUGACACCUGAGCUUUACUUAAAUUUCUCGAUUCAGAUAUAGCAUUGAAUUUGAAAAAUAAGCUUUCCAGUUUACUUCUAUUACCAACUGUGCACAAUCUUUAUUUACAGAAUUUCUGACACAUGUUCCUACUGAGCACGUGCAAGAGGUCACAGUGCUGAUGUCUGUAACAAGACACAGGGGCAGGGACAUGGAAGGACAUUUUGAAAUUGGUCACAAAACCCCCCCAAAUUCUUCUGCUCAUUUGAAGUAGUCACUAUUGCAUUGUCUUUUUUUUAUGAAUGUGUUUAUUAUGCAAUUCUAUAUUUUAUGGUCAUUAAAAAAAAAAAUACUGGAUUUGAAAAUCUUUUCAAGUGUUAUCAGUAAGUCAGUAGCAAGGGAUACUAUUGACAUUUCUUGCCUGUUACAUACAAUCAUUAUGCAUAUUCAAAAUAUAUACACCUUCCAUAAAGUACAUUAUUAAUGGAUGCUUUGUUAAGAACCAAGUAUCUAUGUGUCGCUUUAUUCAGAAUCUGGUAAAAUGCAAUGUUAAAAAUUAUAGAUGCUAAAGAAAGAUAUUUAUUUCAGUUUAUAAUCUCAAGUGUUGUAAAUUGUAUGGAAACUAUGGAUUGCAAGGGAGGUUUGGAAGGGGGGAGCUGGUUUAUGUUUUAUGUAAUCACUUGAUGUCUUUAAACGUUAAAAAAUAUAGAACUAGACAAAUUGUC